AUGGGUACUUCAGAGGCGCAUCUUGCUCCGCAAGAGAGCAAUUACUGGAGACCUUUGUCCUCGGCCAAGUUGGUUGACCCUCUACUUGAGGAUGCACAACCGUCGCAAUGGACUAGUGUUAGCUCCAACGAUCGAUUGCUGCGCAACAUUCUCGAAAGUUACUUUGUCAAUCAGUAUCCAAGACAGUUCUUCUUCGUCAAGAAUUAUCUACUAGAAGACAUGAGCUACUACUACUUCAAGCCACCGUGCCUCUUGGACAUCCCGGCAGAUCCGCUUCCUGACGUCGAUGGUAGAUCGGAGUGGUAUGGCCAGAUGUCAUUGCGUUAUCCACCAGACGAGCAGACCUACUCACCCGAAUUCGCCCAUAGUAUGAAAGCACUGUGCGAGUUGCGGGUCAUCCAGAAUGAGAUCGGUGUCAUGUGCUUUAGUCGCUCCAAAGAGUCUAGGAAGAUGCCUUGGGGUGCAGCUCUGCAUAUCCAGGCAAAGUUGGAAGCCUGUUUCGAGGCUUACGACUCCACGCUUACCAUCUUCCUGGCCCAGCUCGCCAACCUAACAUUGGAGCCUCUUGAACAACUCGAACGAGAUCCGGGCAACGCUCCCCCGGAAGUCAGCGAAUCUCUCCUUUCGACACUCGUCUUAUGCUUCGGUGGCUUAUAUGAGCAAUCCAAAAGCGCCUACAUCGCCGGUAUCAUGCUCAUGAUCAUGAGAAAAAGACUGAGUGCCGACGUUCGCAACGCUGUCGGGCGUUAUGUCUCGAUCGAAGAGACGGAUAGCGAUACUGAUCCAAUGGACGAAACGGACCUAGGGUUUUCACAUCCAAUUCUUUCGGAACUCAUACUGCCGGGUACAAGCCUCAGCGACGAUCCAAAGUCGUGGAGAUUGAAGAAUUUGGUGGAUGAUCCUAGGAGGUAUUCGGGGUAG